GAUGCAUCCGUAGAAAGCAAUCACAGAAGAAGAAGAGAAGAUCUGGUGAGGCAAAUCAGAAUGGCUCCUCCGGAGGACCAAUUGGAACAAGUCAAGGAUGAGUCAGCCGUCGCCGCUUCUUCUCAUUCUCCGGCCGAUGACCGCCCCGUCUCCACCAUCGUCUUCGUCAUCGCUAUGCAAACUGAGGCGCUACCUCUCGGCAAUAAGUUCCAGCUCGUCGAGGAUGUUGAUCCGCCGUUUCCAAAGGGAGUUCCUUGGGUGCGGUAUUAUGGCAACUAUAAGGAUCUCGAAAUGAAUAUUGUCUGUCCUGGAAAAGAUGCAGUUUUGGGGGUUGACAGCGUAGGGACGAUUUCUUCGUCUCUUUUGACUUAUGCUUCUAUCCAAGCAUUAAAACCUGACCUCAUCAUAAAUGCAGGCACUGCGGGUGGGUUUAAGGCUAAAGGUGCUUCCAUUGGAGAUGUAUUUAUUGCAUCACAUGCUGCUUUCCAUGAUAGAAGAAUACCUAUCCCAGUAUUUGAUUUGUAUGGAGUUGGCUUGCGACAGGCUUUUCCCACUCCUAAUCUCCUGAAGGAACUUAAUCUGAAGGUUGGCAAACUGUCUACUGGUGAUUCCUUGGAUAUGUCCCCAGUUGAUGAAUCAUCUAUCACUGCUAAUGAUGCAACAGUUAAAGACAUGGAGGGAGCAGCAAUUGCAUAUGUGUCAGAUCUUUUGAAAGUCCCUGCAAUUUUUUUGAAAGCAGUGACCGAUAUUGUGGAUGGUGAUAAACCAACAGCAGAGGAGUUUUUGCAAAAUUUAGCCGCUGUAGCUGCUGCACUUGAUGAAGCUGCCACCCAAAUUGUUGAUUUCAUAAGCGGAAAAUCUCUAUCUGAACUUUGAUUUGGACCAUGAUGCAUCAAAUUAAUCAACUGGAUUACAAAUUAUGGAACUCCGUUCUUAUUACCCAUCAAGCGUUCAUUCAACUUCUGGGAAAAUGGCAAUAAAAUUUGUGUGCGAUACUGUAUUCUGGCUCCAUAUUAUGUACACGUAACAAUGUAUACACCUGAUAAAUAUCCAUUCCAUCCAGUCCUUGUCAAUCUGCAACCAGCUAUCUAGCUGCAUACUUGUUUACAGUAAUAUAUAUUAUGUACUAUGUAUUUGUAUGACAUGGUUCAGAGUUUGGAGUGUUAUAUGCAAUUGUUUAUGUUUCCAAUUA